UGCACAGUGCGACAUAUCAUGGCGAAGCAAGACUGGCUAACCAACACGUUUUAAAUUUCCAAUUUGUGCAAGAAAAUGUCAACGGCUUCAAAAAAAGGGCCGUCAGCAGCUUCCCUUGCUAGCAUUUAAAAGCAAACCUCGCAUCUAACUCUGACAACCAUUCUCUCUCUCUCUCUCCCCCUCUCUCACAACUCACCGUAACCCAGCAUCAGAAAAAACUUGUUAGAGGGACUGAUCAGAGACUAGAUAGAGAAAAGUGAAGUGAAACCCAGAAAGGAAGAGUGCCAUGAAGCUGGUUUGGUCUGCAGAUACGGCUUCAAAAGCUUAUAUAGACACUGUUAAAUCAUGUCAAAAUUGCAAAGAAUCAGGCGUGGCUGAGCUCCUAUCUGCCAUGGCCGCCGGCUGGAACUCAAAGCUGAUUGUCGAGUCAUGGUCAUACGGUGGUCCCAUAGCAACCAGCGUCGGCCUCGCCAUAGCAGCCCAUCACACUUGCGGCAGGCACGUGUGCAUAGUCCCGGACGAAUGGUCAAGGUCAGGCUACGUCAAGGCCAUGCACGAAGCCGGGAUUGCGUCGACGGUGGUCAUCGUGGGAGAAGCAGAGGAAGUGAUGGAGGGGCUCGCGGGUGUUGAUUUCCUUGUCGUGGACUCCAAGCGGAAGGAUUUUGCCAGGGUUAUAAGGUUCGCCAAAUUGAACAGCAAGGGUGCAGUUUUGGCAUGCAAGAAUGCAUGUCACAGAGGCUUCUCCGGGUUCAGAUGGCACGAGGUGCUUCAAAGAGGGACACGUGUGGUGAGAUCUGUGCUCUUGCCGGUAGGGCAGGGAGUAGAUAUUGCUCAUAUUGGGGCUCAAGGUGGGGGUGUGGGCUCUAAGAAGAGUCGUAACCGUUGGAUCAAGUACAUCGAUCAAAAAUCAGGAGAGGAGCAUGUUUUCCGAGACUAAGUUUUGUGUUGCUUUGCAGCUGUAGCCUCUAGGGGAGUAAACGAUCGGCAAAUCCUAAUGUAAAUAGUUAUAAAAAUAUCACUAAAUGUUUUUCCAUGUGCAGAAACAUUUUUGUCCUCCUAAAUCCGAGUUUAGUGAAUUAUCCCAAUCCAACCUUACUCGAAUUGCUGCAACUUUAUGGUUUUUGGAUUUUAAUCUUUGAUUCAAUGUUCCGGAUAUAAUUAUUUGGACAGGCAGAUUAACAGUUCUCUUCUCUUUGUUGGGUCAAUUUUCUUUGCUCUUCGACUUCAACAUGAGAGAGUGAUUCGAAAGAAAUUGAUGCCCAGUGGACCGGCCCUUGUCUGGAAAGAAAACAAAAAAUACAAAGCUAAAAGGUUUACUCUGGGAUUGAAAUCAGGUCCUUAAAGCAAAAGGCCCAACUGUGUAGUGUGCCCAUUUGUUUCUGGAUUUGGGGCGCCUUUUCUCUUUUUCCCAAUUUUAUCUUGAUAUUGUACAUCUAUGAUGCAAAAUGUU